AUGUCCAACUUUGACGCCCGUAACGACGCCCUCGAACGGCAGCAAGCCGUCAACGUGGCUUCUAUACAUGGGCCCUUCUGUCCUGGUAAUCUCUGGGACUUGGGAUACCAGCUUGAGUGGAGUUUCGAUGCAGCAGAAGACAUAGACAGUCUCCACGACGCUGUUGCGCUCGCCCAGUCCACUCUCAAGGACAACCCCAACUGGCAAUCCGAACCUGAUCGUUACAUCAUCCUGAGCUAUUUCGGAAGACUCCUGCAUCGCAGUUUCAACGAGACCGGGAAUGCGCUCCACCUCCACACGUCCAUUCACAUGUUCCGGCUGGCCGUUGAUGCUGAUAUCCCGGACAAAGCUCAGCUUGCCUUGAUUUUCAGCACGAUUGGGUGCGUAUUUGGUGCACAAUAUGGCCAGACAAGGAAUUUGGACGACCUCCAACAGGGUCUGGACAUGUCGGUUCAAGCGGUGGACGUGGUCCCGGAAGACCACCCCACAAGUAGGAUAUUCUGCAGCAAUAUGGGGACGUUUCUCUCACGUCGCUUCCUCGCCACCAGUGACAUCAAAGACUUGGAGGAUGCAGUAGAUGCAGUAUGGCAGGCGUUUAAGAAGAUACCUCGAGGGUACCCUUCUCGAGCCCCGCUGCUUUGGCGGCUGUAUAGGGAGCUGGAAAAGGCUGUGAAUAAGGAGCUGCGAAUAGUUGAUGAUGCAGAGAUAGUCGAGAUUGAGUGA